AUGGUCCAAACGGAUGUCAGUUUGCCAAAAGAUGUCAAGGAGGCUGUAUCAAGAUGCCGAGCUGCUACACAAGAAGCGCUCAAGGAUCAACUGUCGAGAAUGGACAUUGAAUUCCCUGUUGGAACUAAAUUUGGUGUUGAAAAGAUUCCAAAGGUCAAAGGAAGGACUAACGAGGGAGCUCCUACUCAAACUGUACUGGAUCAAUCGGAUCGAGAAUUGGCUCGGUUGUUUGUUGACAUGUUCCAACCUGUCGGUGGAGAUAAUAUUGUGGUCGCAUUUAGCGAACAAUCAUUGGCAGAUGCAGCCAAGAAGAAAUGGAAGGGAGAUCCUACAGCCUCUUCUCGUAUCAUGGCAAUGAACAAACGAAAAGCUUCGGGAGCUGCAAAGAAAAAGAAUAAAAGCAAAGCUAGAGGAUUUGCAGCCAAGCUUGCAGCAGAAGUUGAAGAUUCACCAGACUCUGGAGGGCCUUUUGAGUUGCCAGACGGUACUCAAGUUGCCCUUUUCGUCAGUCCCGGGCCCAAAGAGCUGCCUACUAUCGAAAAAAUUUGUAGCGAUGCUGGCAUGGGAACCUGUGUGAUUCUACUCAACGCAAGGCUAUCUAAGAUUUCAAACUUUGGCACCGACGAAGCUGCCAAGCUGUUCCAAGGUGAUUUCAAGAGCGUCUUCGCGUUGACAGCAGCUCCCCAAGAAUCCGCACCAGAUUGUCUACUGUAUCAAGCUUAUCCUGGUCCAUGGACAUUGGCGAGAAAACCAAAGGUCGGCCAACCAAAGCCCAUCUUGACCCAAGAUACAAGACCGACAACAGAAGAAUGUGGAGCUGCGUAUGAUAACUUGGAGCUAUCAGAUUUGGAAAAGGGUGUAGAGAACGCUCUAGAAAAUGUUGCUGGGUGGUUUCGUUAA